GACAAUCGAAGUGGAAUACACGUGUGUAUUCUUUUUUCAUUCUCUCAUUUGUUGAACUGUUGAGACAGCUGUUCAAUUUUAUUACUAAGCUUAGACAUACACUCUCUCCGAGAGCGGCAAAUAUUUUAAAUGCUAAGUGCGUGCGGCUACUUGGAUUUAUUUUUCUCAAUUCUUUUAAACAUUCAUAAUAAAUCCUGUGGUUUCAUGUCCACAACCAAUGUACAGCAGCGCUAUUGCUUUCAUAUAAAAAAAAACGAAAUUCUCAACGCACAGAAAAAGUGGAACUCAGAUCAAAGUGAAGAAAAAAAAAAUCAACUGCAUCGAACGAACUAGAAAAUGAGAGAAACAAAGAAACAAACCCGCCAAUGUCAAACUUUAAAAAUUGUGUACCGUUCUGUAAACGGAAAGAUAUCUUUACAAAAUAGCUGCAAGCUAUACAUUUGUUGUUUUUUUGUUAUACUUUAUUUUGCAUAAUGUUUUGGCACACGAACACUGAUCGGCCGAGCGAAUGACUUCAACGAAAGCGGUCAAACACACAAACCCCGACACACACAAAUACAAAGAGAGAAAGAGCGAGAAAGAGAUGCGCCCUUUAGGUUGCUAGCGCACUCAUUUCCAAUCAGUUUGAUUUUCGUUUGUGUGUGUGUGCGUUGUUUUCGGUUCUGUGUAGAAUAUUCACACUUGACAUCUCCGGGAUACAAAACAAAUUUGUGCGCCAAAUAAGUAACAAUUGCGCUUUAGCAAACAGUCACAAUCUGAAUUCAUAAUCAUCGCAUCAACAGCAUUUUUUUUUUAUUUGUUUGGACUUCGUGUGAAAAUUAAGGAAAAAAUAAACAACAUCAUAAGAACAAGAAAAUAAAUAAAAUCAGAUCAAAUAUCCCGAAUAUUUUGUGCAUUUCGUUAAAUCGUUAACAUUUCGUCGUUUACGGAAGAAAUUUUUUUAUUUGUUAAUUUGUUUUCUGCGGAUUAUUAUUUUUUUUAAAAUUAUUUUCGUUCUAAUUCCUGUUGACAAUUCUGUUAUUGUUUAUUUAUUAUGACUUCGAACAACAUUAAUUCGCAAACCAUGAAUUUGAAUGACGAUGUUGAAGAAUAUUCGUUAAAAUGGGAAUAUAAUGUUGAAAAAAUAUUGAAACAAUCAACCGAUUUUGAUUUCACUGCCAAGAACAAUGGCGUCGAACAUAAUUCAGGCGGACUCACAUCGGAUGUUUGGAAUUUGCAAAAUGCGAACUUUUGUAUGCCAUGGAAUGGAAUAACGGCAAACGUUGAAGCUCCAAUGCAACAGUACAAUGAAUGCUUCAACAAAAAUUCAGCAUCAGCAUUGUCAUCAAAUGAUUUGGGCUCUUUUGGUUAUAACAACAACUGCAAUUGUAAUGCUGUACCCAAUUUGGUUGAACAAACACCCGAUUCAUUUACAUCGUUGGAUCCGAUUUGGUCAUUGACAAAAGAUAUGGAAAACCUUCGUCAGACAUGGAACACCACGGCAUUGGAUUCAGUACCAAUACGACAGCACGAUGAACUCAUUGCCAACCAGUGGUACACGCAAAAUCAAUUGUCAACCAACGAUUCAAAUAAUUUCGGUUGGAAGAACAACACCUAUGGUCUACACAAUCUGUUCGAUCAAACGGCAAUGGAUGACCUGGCAAAUAAAAUUUUGCAAUUGGCAAAUGUAUAUCUGAGCUGCAAAAGUGACGCAGCCACAGCAUUAGCAGUUCCGCCGCCGCCAAUAGUAGUGCCGACACAACAUCAAAAUGACCGUGCUACCAAACAGCGGUUCUCACAACCCAAAUUGAAUGUCAAUGACUUUUGUGCAUUUUGUAAGAAUAAUGGCGAAUUCGAGCAAGUAUACCGAUCGCAUAAAUUGAAAGACAAUCGAAAUCGGGUGCGUUGUCCACGUUUACGUGUAUUCAAGUGCAGCAUUUGCGGUGCCACUGGCGAUUAUGCGCACACCAUUCGAUAUUGUCCAUAUCGUAAAAUUCAAAGAUUUGAGAGCAUGUGAUUUGAAAUCAACAACAUUCAAAUCAGUAUCGGUUGCGAUAAUUACGUUAUUUUUUAACGGCAAUGAAUGUCGUUUUAUCAUCAUCCGAAAAUUGUAACUACUUAAAUAGAAGUAGCAGUUUUUUUGUUCGUUUUAUAUUAUUAUUAUUAUUAUUUUUAUUAUUACUUUCGUUUGAAAAUGAAUUGCAUUUUUUUGUAUUGACAAUGAAC